UACAGCCCCGCGGCCCUCCCACCCUCCCACCCGGCCGGGCGGGGAGCGAGCGGCGCCUGCCGGGAAACCGCGGCCUGGCCUCCGCCGCCGCCUCUCGCGGCACCACGCGCCUGCGCGGGAGGGAGAGCCAAACUGUGCUGAUUCAGAAGCCCUGGGUGCAGUGCACAAGCCACGUGCACUGUGGCAGCAGCAGCCACCAGCGACUCUGCUGUCAGUGCGACGCAGCAGGAGUGCGUUCCUGGAGAGGAUUCACCUGCCUGGAGGAGAAAUACUUCUCCUGACUCCUGCACCCAAAAUUGAAAUCUACCACUGAAUCAACAAAAAAGAAAUGAUAAAAUUUUUUCUUAUGGUUAACAAACAAGGUCAAACAAGACUGUCCAGGUAUUAUGAACAUGUAGAAAUUCAUAAACGGACUCUGCUGGAAGCUGAAGUAAUCAAAAACUGUCUCUCCCGUUCAAAGGAUGAGUGCUCUUUUGUUGAGUAUAAGGACUUCAAGCUGGUGUACCGACAGUAUGCAGCUCUUUUCAUAGUUGUUGGCAUCGACCAGACAGAGAAUGAGAUGGCAGUUUAUGAACUGAUUCAUAAUUUUGUGGAAGUUUUGGACAAAUACUUCAGCAGAGUGAGUGAAUUAGAUGUAUCCUUUUCAGUAUCAGAAAUCCAUUUGUUAUCACUUUUUGGUGUAUGUUCAAGUUCAUACUGUCUUCAUAGCACUGACUGUCACUCAAGUCAAUGCAGAUGUUCACCAGUUUUGCACUUGGAAUCAUGUUCAAUUUGGACAGAGUGCACAUCAUUUUGGAUGAAAUGGUGCUAAAUGGUUGCAUUGUGGAAACGAACCGGAACAGAAUUCUCGCCCCUCUGUUUGUGCUUGACAAAGUGGCAGAAGGCUAGGAAGAUGCAAGAGUUUCUAAGGCAUUUUACAAAAGAUGGCAAAAGCAUCAAGAAUGUGCCCAUAGCAGUUUUCUGCUGUCGCAAGACUGACUCAUUCAACAUUGAAAUUAGUUGGAAAAUAUUUUUCAUUUCUCUUAUACUCUGUGAACCCUGUGGGAAAGAGAUACAGCUAAACAUGUGGAUGCUUUCAGAUGCAGCUUCACUGACCCAGCAGAAAUCUUCCUAGAAUGGUCAAUAAUUAUAAACAUUUUGAGGAUUAAAAAAUGGAAACUUACCAUGACUGACUAGGUAUCACUUUGAAUUAUGCAGUAUCAUGCCAGACCUAGAAGACAAAAUACAUGGAAAUACAAAUUCAGACUGAGUUUCAGUCCUUCCCUUAAGCACCAAUUUGAUUUAUUUUCAUACAAUUUACUGUUAAUAAUAGUUCUGUGACUUCAAUGCCUACUUUUAAACUAUAUUCAUCCUUCAUCAAAAAGCUGGUUUCCCUCCCUUUGCUAUUCAAGUCAUAGACACAAAAAGAAAAGUACAGAUGUAUUAAAUAUUUCUGCAUACUCUGCAAGUUGUAACUGGAAUUAUUUAGCACUCAAAUAUUAUAAUAUUAAUAAAAGAUAAUUAAAAUCAGAA